AUGGGCUCCAACGCUGCCGGGGAGGGGGCCGGGGCGCUUCCCAAGACGGGCUGGUUUGCGGGCAGCGGGCGGAGGCAGCGUGCCCGCUCGCUGGCUGUUGGGCGCAGCCUUCAUAAACGUAUGACCAACACCACGGGCUGGAGGCUGCUCGCUGCCUACUCCAUGACGGACAGGGAGUUCAGGGUCGCUAGCCUUAGGGAUUACACCAAGCCCAAGAACAGGCCUUCACCCAGGGAGCUGGAGGAGCUGGAACUGCUGAACAGGGCCUUAGAGAAGGCACUGAGAGUCAGGAAAAGCAUCUUGAAAACUCCAUUAGAGGCCCAGGGAGCUAUAAGAGAGACAUCUGCAGGUGAGGGACCUGCUCCCAAGAAUGCUGAAGAGCAACAAGUGCCUGCACCUGUUGAGGGUGUUCCUGAGAGCACAAAGGUGAGAGCUUUGAGCAAAAAGCCUGCCUCUUUGAAGAAACCCUCUCCAUACCAGUUAAGAGCCCCUUACAGGACUGACCCAGAGGUGAAAAAACUGUGCCGUCUGAAGCUACCCCUUCCCUACAGGAAAGCCUAUUCCAGGAACUCCAGGGGACAGACGUGUGACAGUGCAGGCAUGCUGGCUGUGCCUCUCCUUUGUUACUCCAGUUUCCAGGAGCUGAGCGACCUGUUUGCCUUGAAGCUCAAAGUGUCAAUUCUGCACCAAGAAAUUGCCUUACAAAAGAGACACAUGGAGAACAAGAAAGGGAACCCCCUGCAGGUCAUGAUGGCAGAACUCCUGCCUGUCCUGGAGUCCAGGCUCUACCCGGAGGCCCCUGCGGCUCAGCUGUAUCGGGCGAUUUACACGCAGCUCUGUGAAGGAGGCAAGCGAUUCCCUGUGCUGGUGAGGGACGAGCUGGCAGACUGA